AUGAUAUCGGGACAAGGCUCGCACUUUGCGCAAGUUAACGUGGGGAAGAAGAAGAAGCAGGGCAAGGGACGCCAUCGGCUGGCGCCCCCAGCCGCUAAACCAGCCGCCGCCAACAAGAGCCCGGCACAGGUGAGAUCCGCUAUUCUAGCAGAUGCGGCACCCAGCGAGAACAAGGCCCCCGUUGAGAAGCCUCCAGCGGCAAAUAGCAGCAGCCAUGCAAGGGGCCCGUCAGAUGCGACAAGUGGCUCGCACGAAAGUACAGAGCUUGCACGAGGAGCCCAUAGUCAUCCGUCCCCGGCUUGGUCCGCGGAAGACUCUAAGAUUGGCGUGCAUAAUGACCGAAACGCAGCCUCUAAAGCCGCCGCCAGCGCAGCCUUCCUUGGUAAGAAAGACUCACAUAAGGAGCAGGCCCACUCGCCUCUAUCUAGCAUGCGAACCACGGAGAACCCCCGGAGAGACUCUUCGACACUGGGAGUGACUCACCGGACAGAGGAGCCGACCAUCGGCGCGUUCCCAGAAGCCGCCGAUAAUGCUCCAUCCACAGACAAUCACGAGGCGAUUGACACGGCCGAGGAAGAGGAAGAAUACAAAGAAAACGAGUGGGAGGACGGCGUGGUCCAUGACAGUACAGGCAGUAACACUGCAGAAGCCGUGGAAUCAAAUCCGGCCGUCCCAGCGGUCAAGGAGGAAAAUGAAUGGGUCAAGGAAGAAACCGACGAGACUCCCCAGCACAGGGCACAUACCACUCAAAGACACUCUGAAGUGACCGAAUAUCUGCCGGAAAGCGCAGUAAGUGGGGUGUCAGGGAAGCAAAUUGAGAGGAAGAUCGAAAAGGACACUGUCGAAAAGGAGAUCAUUGAGAAAUCGGUUGACAAAGCUGCUUCGGAAGACGUGGCAAAACCAGUUAAAAAGCCUAGCUAUGCCGCCAUGGUUGCAAAACCAUGGGAGCCGUCUCCACCUCCAGCUGCUGCUACCCCCGUCGCAUCUGAAGUUGAGCAUACACCCAAAACUCCGCCAACGGUUGCACCGCCGCCCCCGCCGGCUCAGACUCAAGCUCCUGAUGCGUCUACAGUUCCAGCAACAGUUCCAGCUCCGGCUGCAGCUCCCGUUCCCAUUCCUGCUCCUAUUCCGGCGCCUUUAAUGAAGCAAGAAACACCGGCUACGGCCGAGAAAUCCGAGCAGGAAGAACUUCCAGAUACCACGAGCCAUGAGGACAUGCCUGCAACGAAGCAAGAGGUACCUACCGUCGAAAGCCUGGGAGUUGCGACGCCUGCAGUCCCAGUAAAGUCCCCCGAGAGGCUUAUUCCCACCGAUCCCAUAGUUCCAGGCAAAGUUCCCGCCCUGGCGUCUGCAGAAGACCAAGUGAAAGCAGCAGUAGCAAGCUCAAGUGCUAUCAAAUCUCCGACCAACAACGAAGCCAUUCGGAAGCAGGACAAGGCACAGACAUCUCAGCUCACCCACCAGCAAAAGAAGGAGGUAGAAAAGGAAGAAAAGGCCAGGGAAAAGCAAAAGGCCAAAGAACAAAAAGCCCGCGAUAAGGAGUUCAAGAGGAGCCAGAAACAUUUGCGAAAGGGAUCAACGUCCCAUCUACCGCCGGGCAAUGGAGGAGCAAAGAGACUCCGCCUAAGGGAUAGAAUCAUGAAUCGAAUUGCGAGGCUCCUGAAUUAA